AUGGAGAAAGAUUGGAUUUCGAAAGAGAGGGAUUCGUUGGAGUAUGAAGUCGGGGUUGAAAAGUUUUUGAUUUGCGCCGAGCAAAACUGUAAAAAUCCUAAAAAAAUACCUUGCCCCUGCUGCAAAUGUGUCAAUUUCAAGAAAUUUCCGGUAAAAAUAAUAAGGGUUCAUCUUUACGAAAACGGUUUCAGUCUCGGGUAUAUUGAUUGGAUUUGGCACGGAGGCAAGGCUGGUAUUUCGUCUGCCGGUAGCACACUGCCCCCUCAGGAAGAGGAGUAUAAUGCAGAAGCAUUUCUUACAGCCUUUGAAGCCGCAUCGGAAGCGGUUGCUGCAUCAGAAGCGGUGGCUGUUGGUGUUUCAGAAGCUGCUGCAGUUUGUGAAGCAGCAUAUCGUAAUCCGGGGGAUAAUUCGGGGGUUGAUGACUACGAUAAAGACUCGCAUGAUUUUAAGAGGUUUGUUGUCGAUGCUCAACAACCUUUAUUUGAGGGCAGCGACUGCACAAAAUUAGAUUCAAUGUUGAAAUUACAGAACUGGAAAGCGAGAUAUGGUGUUAGUGAUAGUGCGUUCAAUGAUCUGCUCUCGACAGUUGGCUCAUUCCUACCUCAGGAUAAUACAUUACCUGUUAACUCAUACGAAGCAAAGAAAACUCUUUCGAAUUUAGGCCUUGAGUAUACAAAAUUCCACGCGUGUCCCAAUGAAUGUGUUCUAUACAGGGGUGUAUAUGAGACUGCUUCGGAGUGUCCAAAGUGCAAGCUUUCGCGCUGGAAGGUGGGUAAGGAUGGUAGAGAACGGUAUAAAGUCCCGGCAAAAGUUAUGUGGUACUUUCCGGUCAUUCCAAGAUUUAAACGGAUGUUUAAAUCUUCUUCGACAGCUGAGUUGUUGACAUGGCAUUCCACCAACCAAAGAAUUCAGGAUGGACAGAUGCGCCAUCCUGCCGACUCACCUUCUUGGCGGAAUAUCGAUUACAGGUGGCCUGCCUUCAGAAGUGAGCCAAGAAAUCUUCGACUAGCUUUGGCGGCUGAUGGUAUCAACCCACAUAACAAUGGGCUGACCAAUCGUUAUUCUUGUUGGCCGGUAGUAUUGGUAACAUAUAAUCUUCCUCCGUGGUUAUGUAUGAAGAGGAAAUUUAUGAUGUUAACUAUAUUAGUCUCCGGUCCACAUGAACCAGGUAACAACAUUGAUGUGUUCUUACAACCGUUAGUUGAUGAUUUGGAAAAGCUUUGGGAAGAAGGUGAACCGAAUGUAUAUGAUGCCUUCACAAAAUCUUUUUUCACUUUAAGGGCGGCUUUGUUAUGGACGAUUAAUGAUUUCCCGGCGUAUGGCAAUUUGUCUGGCUGUGUCAACAAGGGUUAUUUGGGUUGUCCAAUGUGUGGUGAUGAUACCGUUGCUAAGUACUUGCCUUAUAGUAGGAAAAUAUGUUACCAAGGUCAUCGUCGGUAUUUACCUAGACAUCAUCCAUACAGGAAGAAUAAAGUAGCCUUUAACGGUCAACAAGAGUUUGGACAGCCCAGGCCACCUCUUUCUGGACAAGAGGUGUUAGAACAACAAGAAAACAUUAAAUUUUCUUUUGGAAAUGAAGUAAAGAAGUCGAAGAAGGUGGACUGUGCUUGGAAGAAUAAGUCAUUCAAGUCCAAAGAUAGCGAGGCGUCUCGUCUUGAUAUGAUGGACAUGGGGGUUAGGACAGAUUUAGCUCCAGAACAAGGAGUCAAAAAAACUUAUCUGCCUCCUUCCUGUUUUACUCUAACAAAAGCAGAAAAAAGAAAAGUGUUGAAGUCACUAUCAUCAAUGAAGCUGCCAUAUGGGCAUUCCUCAAACAUCAGAAAUUGUGUAUCCAUGGCAGAUUUAAAGAUAUUUGGGAUGAAGUCUCAUGACUGCCAUGUAUUUCUUCAACAAUUACUCCCUGUAGCUAUUCGUUUGGUGCUUCCGAAGAAUGUUAGAGUUAGCAUAAUAAGGCUUUGCUUCUUUUUCAACACUCUGUGCAACAAAAUUGUUGACGUGUCAAAACUUGAUAAAUUGCAAGCCGAUGUGGUAUUAACCUUAUGUGAGCUCGAGAAAAUAUUCCCCCCCUCUUUUUUCGAUAUAAUGAUACAUCUAAUAGUGCACCUGGUCAGGGAAUUACGUUUAUGUGGACCGGUUUUCUAUAGAUGGAUGUACCCAUUUGAGCGUUUUAAUAAAGUGUUGAAAAGUUAUGUGCGAAACCGUUAUUUUCCGGAAGGCUGUAUAGCCGAAGCAUACUUGAAAGAAGAAUCUGUAGAAUUCUGUGCAGAGUUCUCUAGAAAUAGUUUCACAACUGCUGGUCUGCCGAAGGACCAAGGCAAACUUUCUGGUCCACUUUCGGCUGCAACAAUAAAAUCUGUUGAAGAGAAAGAACGAGAUGAGGCGCAUUUACACGUCCUCUUAAACAACAGUGAAGUGUUUCUGUUCGCAGAAAAUCACGCAAGCGUACGUGGUCACAAGUAG